GAGUUGGCUUACAGUCAGAGGGUUUUAACUUUUCACAGCACUGAAAGUAACUGCAAUGUUCAACUUCUUUUUCUUUAGUGUCCACGAAAAAGAAAAACGAGGCACAGUACAAACCCUCCUGUAGAGUGUCAUGUUGGUUGGGUAAUGGAUGCCAGAGACCAUGGGCCAAGAACAGCCGCUGUCAGCAGUUUAAAUGCCUCACCUUCAGAAGGCCUAGCACUGGGAGGCAGUAAUGGAUGUAUUCCUCAGUCAUUCCCCAAGUUCCAACACCCUUCUCAUGAACUUCUGAAGGAAAAUGGCUUUACCCAACAGGUGUACCACAAGUAUCGUCGAAGAUGCCUAAGUGAGAGAAAAUGCUUGGGAAUUGGUCAGUCCCAAGAAAUGAAUACCCUCUUUCGUUUCUGGUCCUUUUUCCUCAGAGAUCACUUCAAUAAAAAAAUGUAUGAGGAAUUUAGACAACUUGCUUGGGAAGAUGCAAAAGAAAAUUACAGGUAUGGGUUAGAAUGUCUGUUCAGGUUUUAUAGUUAUGGACUGGAAAAAAAAUUCAGACAAGAAAUUUUUAAGGAUUUCCAAGAAGAAACCAAAAAAGACUACGAAUCUGGUCAGCUGUAUGGACUAGAAAAAUUUUGGGCUUAUUUGAAAUAUUCUCAAUCUAAAACACAUUCUAUUGAUCCAAAGCUACAGGGAUACCUCUGUAGUUUUAAGAAGUUAGAAGACUUCCGUGUUGAACCCUCCAUUAGUGAGGAACUUGGGAACAAAAGGCACUCAUCUACGUCUGGUGAGAAUAGUCAGCAGAGACUUGGGGGUCAUUCCUCUGCAAAGCCGCCGAGUGCCGCGAAGCGCUCGUCUGCCACUCAGCUUCGGGUCCCAAUAAACUCUCCGAGAAGGAGUACUUCGCAGGAGUGAAGCGAUUCCGUGACAGUUCAUGCCAGAACAGUGCUGCCUUCAUCUCAACAAAUGGUGCAAUGCCUGAGAAAUAAGACUCUUACGAAAGUUGUUUGUUCUUGAGAUCAACAUUUACAUCAGUAUUUGGGAAAGCUCUUCUGAGGUUUAAUUGUGAUAAUCAGAAAAAAAAAGUAGUGACAUUUUUUUCAAACAAGAGAAAUCUUAUAAGUAUUUCCCCUGAUUGCACACACAAGCAUAGUGACCUUUCAUAGAGACCGUGUACAGGUAUCUUUUGGUCCCGGUAUUUUAUUGUUGUUGUUGUUGUUUUUUCCAAAGGUAACAUUCACAGGAAUAGCAUUCUUUUUAAGUGUAUUUUAAAAACAACAUAAGGGAGUGCCUACCAUUUCAGCUCAUACUACAGUAGGUUGUAUUUCUCUCUGCUGUGGAGCUUUCUUAAAGAAUCCGAUUGUUCCACUAUCAAUUCAUAUUGGAAUUGGAAGAUUUUGUAGUUAUUUUGUAAAUUCAGAGAAGAAACAAAGUGAUAGUUACUUUUUGUUUUAGAUGUAUGGUUUAAGGGAAGUUCCUCUUUUCCUUCACAGUAGAAAAGUAAAUAGCAAGAUAGUGAUUGUGCAA